AUGGAGGAAGCUACAGGAUCGAAACUUACGGUGCAGGGGGUUGGAUCCCCAGUACCGGCGGCUAAGAGUGACCGAGCAGGCUCGAAGUCGUCGUCAUCCAGCGGCUGCAAUGAUGCGGGGUUCCGCUUGGCCCCAACAUCAGAAAGUGCUACAAGUAAAUCUUCAAAAGAUAACCAUAUCGCCACAGAGAAGGAUGUCAAUGUAACCCGGUUCCUGGUGAUCAAAAGAACAGAUGAGGAGAAUUUUUUUAAAUUGCUUGGAGAGGUAAAAAGUAUCAAAAAGAUAAGAGAUGGCAUUUUAGUUGAAACAAAAUCCAAUAAACAAUCUAUAAAGCUAUUAAAUUUAGUGAGAUUUGGUGAAUAUGAUGUAAAGGUACUAAAACACAAUACCUUUAACACCAGUAAGGGAAUCAUUUAUUGUCCAGAUCUUCUUAACUGCGAACUUAAGGAAAUAGAAAACAGUUUAGAAGAUCAAGGAGUACUGAAUGUUAAAAGAAUCACGACAAAAAAGAAGGAAAGGAUAGUGGAUACCCCUAACCAUAUUUUGACCUUCCCUAACCAUAUUUUGACCUUCAAUACUCUUGUUAUGCUAAAAAAUGUAAACGUAGCAUUCUACCGUCUGGAGGUGAGGCCUUAUAUCCCCAAUCCUCUGCGGUGUUUCAAAUGUCAUAAGUUUGGUCACGUCUCGGAUAAGUGUAAGAGCGAAGAAGUGAUAUGUGUCUGUGAGAGGCGCAAAAAAAGUUUAGUCAAAGUCAACCUUCAACACUCCCAAAAACAUUUUAAGGCCGCUCAAUCGCAAAAUAAUGCAAACCACACCAUAGUUAAACAAAUAGUUAAAGAACUUCUUCCUGAAAUUGCCAAUAUUUGUAGAGCUAUAAUAAUAGAGGAAAAAUCAUUUGUUAAGCCUAAAACAGUGUCAACUAGUCGAGAUCGAUCAGUCACAACCAAAAGUCUGGAGGUCUUACUAGAUCCCGCCCAAUUAAUGAGCCAGAGUUCUCACAAUUCUAGAUCGAGAACAAUAUCGGAAUCAUCGUCCAAGAAGCGUUUACGCACCAAAGACGAUAAUGACUCUGAUAACUCUCAAUAUAGUUAUUUGGAGAGGUACGUAAUAAAAAAAAUUAAAGAUGGUCUACUAGUGGAAGCUAAAAAUGAUAAACAAGCCAAACGACUACAAAGUUUGGUGCGUUUUGGUGAAGUUGAUGUGGCGGUAAAGACCCAUCAAACAUUAAACUACAGUAAAGGUGUCAUUUACUGUAAUGACCUACUAAACUGCAGUGUGGAAGAACUUAAGGAGCAUCUGCUCGUUGAGGGAAUAACAGAUUUCAAACGAAUACAAACAAAAAAAGAUGGCAAACUUAUAGAUACUCCAACCCACAUAAUAACAUUUAACUCACCUGUCCUUCCAAAAAAAAUAAAUGCUGCUUUCCAUAGAUUAGAGGUAAGACCAUAUAUCCCUAACCCGUUAAGAUGUUUUAAAUGUCAAAAGUUCGGCCACACUACCGAUAAAUGUGAGUCCAAAGUUCAAAUUUGUACUUGUGGACAACCUCCCCAUGAGGGAACACCCUGCACCCUCCCAAUCAAGUGUGUGAACUGCAGCGGAGACCAUCCGGCGAGGUCCAGGUCUUGCCCGGUUUAUCCGGAAGAGGCUGCAAUACAAAAAAUCAAAACUCUAGACAAAGUAACGUAUUUUGCGGCUAAACGUCGACACAAUAUGUCAAAAAAUAUAAACCCACCCAAAAGCUUCUCGGAUGUUGUCAAAACCACUGCACCAGCGGCCAGUAACCUCAAAAUAGAGAAUAUUGUAAAAGCCUUAAUUCCUGAAAUAACAAAAGUUGUUAUUUCUAUCAUGAACUGA